CGCCACCGGACACUGCAGCGCGACGCUGAGCGCCCGACGUGCCGAUAUAAAUCAGGUGGGGGAGUGACGGAGAGAACUAGUGAGAGAGAGAGAGAGAGGCGCGGACAAGGACAGAGAGAGAGAGAGAUAGCGAAGGUCCGAGGGAGGGGGCCGGACACGACGGCGACGACGCUACAGCAGCCGCCGUCGCCGAGUUGGACGACGACGGACGGCGUGGCGCAGGACAGGCGGCGUGGCCGCGCGCGAACUGUGUUGUCCCGGCGACGCGCCCACGCAGCGAGUGACGCCGGCGCGCGCGCCCGCUGGGGGGUGUGACACGGCGGCUGACAGCCCCGGAGGACCUUCCGACGCCGACGCCGACGCCGAAGCCGACGCCGGCAGCGCCCCGGCAGCGCCGCGCUGACAUGUCGCGCCGCAAGCAGGCGCGGCCCAGCCGACACCUCGAGGCCGACGCCGAGGACGCGCUCGCCAGCGUGUCCGCGUGCGGCGACGAAGACGAGGGCAGUUCGUGCUCGGAGGCGGCCGUCUGCGAUGAGCCUCCCGACGCCGAUGCCGAUGGAGACGUGGACGCAGACGGCGAGCCCGACGCCGACUGCGACAUGAUGCUGCUCGACGACCGUAACAACAACGACGACGACGUCGAGCCGGAGGACGCUGUCUGCGCCGACGUUGGCGACGGCGUCGUCGGCUCCGGGGACGGAGACGCCGACACCGACGAGCCUGAGCCGGACGCCGAGCCUGAGGCCCUGGCGUCGCCGGCGGCUGGCGUGGUGUCGGCGUUCGGGGCGGCCGUGGCGCCGUUCCCGUUGGCGGGCCACGUGACGCUGGAGGCGCUGCAGAACACCAAGGUGGCGGUCGCACAGUUCGCCGCCACCGCGAUGGCCGGCAACGCCGACAACGCGGCCGCGCUGCAGGAGCUGGCUGUACUCCAGUCCACGCUCUUCACGCUGCAGCACCAGCAGGUGAUGCAACUAUCGUUGAUCCAGCAGCUGCAGCAGCAGCUGCAGAUCACGCGCUGCCCCAAGGAGGCGGUGGCGCUCGCGAGCCCACCUCCGGUGUCCGCGCAGCCCGCGCCGCCCCCGGGACCCUCCUCCGCCCCCGGCGCCAGCCCUCCGCCCCCGCUGGCGCUGCCUCUACCGGCCCAGCAGCAGCACCCCCCGCUAGCACAGACGCAGCAAUCGACGCCUCCCAGCACGCAGUCACUGCCCGCCUCUCCGCCAGCCGCCAAGCAGCAGCUCAAGGUGGCAGGUCCGUCUCCUCCACCGCCACCCCCGCCUCCACAGGCGGUUCCCCAGCAGCAGCAGCAACUCCACUCGCAGCUGCAGCCACAGCAGGGGCAGCCGCCGGCGCAGGUCCCACAGCAACUGCUGCCGUGCUCCAUCUCGUCAUCGCUGGCAGCGUCUAUUAUCACCAACCCGGAGCCGCCGCCACUCAACGAACCCAACACCCUGGAGAUGCUACAGCGGCGAGCGCAAGAGGUGCUGGAGAACGCAAGCCAGGGACUGCUGGCCAACAACCUGGCAGACGAGCUGGCCUUCCGCAAGGGCGGCGCCGGCGGCAAGUCUAGCUCGCUCUCGCCGUACGACUCCAAGUCUGGCCGCAACGAGCCCUUCUUCAAGCACCGCUGCCGCUACUGCGGCAAGGUCUUCGGCAGCGAUUCGGCGCUGCAGAUACACAUCAGGUCGCACACGGGAGAGCGGCCGUUCAAGUGCAACGUGUGCGGCAGCCGCUUCACCACCAAGGGGAACCUCAAGGUGCACUUCCAGAGGCACUCGGCCAAGUUCCCACACAUAAAAAUGAAUCCGAACCCGGUGCCAGAGCACCUGGACAAGUACCAUCCACCACUGCUGGCGCAACUGGGGCAGAGCCUGUCGCCGCACGGACAGCAGCCGCCGCCGCCCGUGCCGCCAGUUCCGCCCCCGCAGAGUCCGUUCAGCUUCCCGCUGUACAGACCUCCACAGCCGCCGCCGCCGCAGCAGCCGGCGCCGCCGCCGCACGCCGUGCCGCCGCACGACCUGCUGCCGUUGCCCCCACCUCCCCUACUGCCGCCGCACGCCCUUUUCGCGCCCGGACCGCUACCGCGCAUCGCGCCAGCGGAGCAGGAUGCGCCCGAGAACUUGUCGAAACCUCAGCCAACCAGGCAGUCUCCCCCUCCCCCGAUGCAACAGCAGCAGCAACAACCGCGACCGCAAGAACAGCAACAGCAACAACAGCAGCAACAACACGACGGCAACGAGGAGCCGCCAUUCGUCAAACAGGAAGAGAUGGACGAUGCCGCGUCGACGCAGCGGCGGCAAGAGGAAGACGACUGCGAAGGUCGCCUCAGCCCGAAACGGGAACCUCCCGAGGACCCUGAAGAUGUCGAUAUGUCCGCCAGGUUCCCGUCGUCUUCACCGUACGACGACAGUCUGGACAGUAAAUACAACAGCCAGGACGAGGAGAACAGCCUGCAGGACCAGCCAGAAAACCUGUCGAGCAAGGGCGCGGGCACCUCCAGCAGGCUCUCACCACCGAGCUCGACGUCUUCCGGUAGUGCAGUUGCCAUCGACCCUGCCAAGGACCCGGCCAUCUAUACCAGUCUCCUCCCGCGGCCAGGUAGCAACGACAACUCGUGGGAGUCUCUCAUCGAGAUCACCAAAACGUCGGAGACCUCCAAGCUGCAGCAGCUAGUCGACAACAUCGAGCACAAACUGACGGACCCCAACCAGUGUGUCAUCUGCCACCGCGUCCUCUCGUGCAAGAGUGCACUGCAGAUGCACUACCGUACACAUACCGGUGAAAGGCCGUUCAAGUGCAAGAUAUGUGGCCGCGCGUUCACCACCAAGGGCAACCUCAAGACGCACAUGGGCGUGCACCGUGCCAAGCCUCCGGCGAGAGUGCUGCACCAGUGCCCCGUCUGCCACAAGAAGUUCACUAAUGCGCUGGUACUACAGCAGCACAUCAGGCUACAUACGGGAGAACCCACAGAUCUGACCCCGGAACAGAUACAAGCUGCAGAAGUGAAAGACUUCCCUGCAGCGGCCUCGACUCCUGGGCCUCCCUUUCCCGGUCCCGUCUCCUUUCUGCAGGCCUUCCCACCGCUGCCACCACCAGGCAUUCACCUACCACCCGCGCAGCACCACACCAAGCUCCCGGCAGGGUCUGCACACGGGGAGCUCAAAGAGGAAAAGCCCGACUACCCCGAUGACGACAACUCGAGUAGCAGUGGUGGUGGAGGGCAGCAGCAACAGCAACAGCAACAACAGCAACAGCAGCAGCAGCAGCAGCAGCAGCAGCAGCAUCAGCAGCAACCACAGGCUUGCACAUCUGCCUUGCAGCAGCAACCGCCACCACAAAUCUUCUGCACGUCCCUGGCGGCACUCGAGAACCAGGUGCGCACCAUCACAACAAUGGCGUCACAGCUUUCGGCGGCCAAGUGCUCGCCACCGGCGGCCACACCAGGCUCGGCGCCACCCCUAAACGGUGACCGCUCGCCGUCUCCCAGCGCUGGUGCCCCCGCCGGCCCCAGCGCCGCAGCCAGCCCCUCGGCGUCGGAGUCUGGUGGCUCACUGAGUGGCGCCCUCGACCUAACGCCACGCUCUUCCUCUGUCGGCGCUCCGACACCUUCUCCUGGCCCGCCGACAUCAGCCUCGGGGCCAACUGCAGCGCCACUACCCCCACCACCACCUGGCGCCUUCUCAGGCUUCGGCUUACUACCACCUGGACCCAUUGGCAGUGCCUUGACGUCCUCUGUUCUCACAUCGACUGCAUUCAGUCCCAUUGGCCUUGGGGCAGAUUCAGAGUUCAAUGGUCGAAGCAGAUUUCCAUUUCAUCCGCUGGCACCUUCACUUCGAGACAAAAUACCCUACUCGUUUCUAGAUUCUCACAUCAAUAUGCGGCCAGGAAACACCACAUGCAAUAUUUGUUUCAAGACUUUUGCAUGUAAUUCUGCCCUGGAGAUUCACUACAGGAGUCAUACCAAAGAAAGACCCUUCAAGUGCACAGUUUGUGAUCGUGGAUUUUCAACUAAGGACAGUACUGACAAACAAUCGAUCCAUGAUUGUAUCUGUGACCUUGGGAGUCAGUGGCGUAUCCAGCGGGACAACAGUGGGGGUCGAGCCAAUGACAAACCUAAGGCACAGACAAAGAGAAAUGAUGCAAAUAGGAAAAAAAGAAGUGGAAAGAAGUAUACUGGUAGGCUGCCCCCUCUGCUAUGCAACCCUGGAUACGCCGCUGACUGGAUCCCUUUGUUGGGAAAUAUGAAGCAGCACAUGCUAACACACAAAAUCCGUGACAUGCCUUCCCAUCUAUUUGAAAGUAAACCUCCACUGCCACCACCAUCAUCAGGCAUGACACAAGUGAAAGAAGAGCCGGCCAGUGGGGAGGAACAGAGUAUGGCUACACCACCAUCUCUGGAACUAACAGUGAAGUCUGAUCUGGGCAUAAAACGAUCUCCACCAGAGGGAGAAACUAUGCUUCCAAUUCCAAAGCGACAGCCAGGCUUACCAAAACACUUGUGCCAUGUUUGCAAUAAGAACUUCUCAUCCUCGUCAGCACUGCAGAUACACAUGCGCACCCAUACUGGCGACAAGCCUUUCAGGUGCACAAUCUGUCAAAAAGCAUUCACCACUAAAGGCAAUCUUAAGGUCCACAUGGGAACACACAUGUGGAGCAAUGGAGCAUCCCGACGAGGGCGUCGCAUGUCCCUGGAUCUGCCUCCCAUCCCAAUGACUCCCAAAGACUCAGAAUUUCUUCAACGGAGGCCGGAUCUUUUCUAUCCGUAUCUUCCAACUCCAUUCCUUAAUGGAAUGCAACAGAAACUGAACGAGAUCUCUGUAAUUCAGAGUGUGAACAGCAACAGUGGUCUCAGUCCCCCUGGCAACAAAUAUGCAAGCCUGCUUGGUUUUGGGGGCUACCCUUCAGACAAACCUCUAAUGCCUGAUAUUGCACGCUCACAGUCAGGCUCACCACUCUCAGACAAACCUCCCUCAUCAGUGUCUUCACCGCCGCCUCUUUCUCUCGGCAGCAGUCACCAUGGCUCACCACCGCGAAUCACUGGUGACCUCUCCAUUUCUGACAGAGCAGUUUGGGAUGUUCACUAUGAGAGAAAACCCUCAGCAAGUCACAGUGAUGAACCUAUGGAAGUGUCGCCUACGCCGCCAGGACAUGUGAAUCCUCACACACAACCCCCACCAAGGGGAGAAGGACUAGCUGCAUAGGACCUUGAGUAACAAGACUGUGUGUGUGUUUGUGUUUGUGUGUGUGUGUGUGUGUGUGUGUGUGUGUGUGUACACGUGUGGGGUUGUGUGUUUGGGUGUGUGGGCGUGUGCGUGCGCACUCGCGUAUGUAUGUGGACCCAUGUACAUCAGUUUACAUAUCUCAUCCAUUAACUGUAACAAUCAACUAUUUAUUCAUUGAUGUACAGGUAGAAGAAUGAGAGUGAAUAGAAUUUGUGGUUUUGUGAAUAUUUUUCAUCAUGGCUAAUUCCAUGCUAGCUGAAUGUACCACUGCGGCUGUAAUGUUCCUAUUAUAAAACUAGUCUACACUAUUAAGAACAAGGUACUAAAUAGAGAUGUGACAUCAAAAGAGUCAUAUGUGUGAACUUGAAUUAUAUAAUAUAAAACAUGCAAAUUAUAAAUAUCAAACAAAGCUAUUCAAUAACAAGUAAAACUUUCUGUACGGAUCUAUAUUAUUACCAUAGUUAUAUAUGCAUAUGUAUAUGUAAGAAUAGAAAAAAAUCAAGAAACAUGAAAAUGAAAAUUAGGUUGUUACAGAUUAUCUACUCUAUUUAUAGAUGAAAAAUUUGUUUCAAAUAAUAAAAGAACCAAUGUACCACUUUCAUACCAAGAGGGAGAGGGGCAUGUUGCUGCUCAUACUUGACUCUGGCAGCAACACAUGUGCGCUACUAUCGGGCUGAGGCAAUUUGGGGGUGUAACCAAUCUCACAUCCCCUUGUAUUUGUUUAAUUUUUAGCUGUGAUAUGUCAACUGCAGAAGAGGUUUUGGAGUGCAAUGCAUGUGGGUUACACCUGUGGCAGUCAUGUUUCAAUUAGCUGUACUUAAUUUGUGACAGUUGUACUUAUUAAUGGCCAUAACAGCAUUACCGCAAGUGUUACCACCAAGUGUGCUUUCAGUGAUACACCAUCAUGAACUGGAACUGACGCUUCAGUGUCUCCAGCCAAUAAUUUAUUUAAUUAAUGUUUAUGGACUGUUUCAAACAUUCACUCAACAUUGGUGAUGUGUGAACUCUAUAUAUAAAUUUGCUACUGUACUGUGUACUUGGUGUUAUUCAAUUACAUACAAUUGCUGUUAAGUGUAUGUUGUCAAGAUGGUAUAAAGAUAUUGAGUUUUACCAUUGUUACCUAAACUCUUUUCUUUUAUUUGUUACUGUACAUACUUGAAAUGCAUACAAUGAAAAUGAAAUUGAAGUUAAGCUUUUCCUGUCAACCUCCCACUUUCAGCUGUGUAAAAGAACAAAAGAUUGUAUUUGUUUGUCAUGUUAGUGAAGCAACUGGGAGCAAGGGGAGCUAUUUGUACGUCAUCAAAAAUUAUGUAAAAAUGUGUAUAGUGCAAGUUUAAUAGUAUCAGUGUUUACUGUGAGAGUCUUAAUUAAAUAUUUCCCAACUUCCU